GCGGGGGGCGGCCGCUGGCCGAGGGGAGCGCCCCGAGAGUUCCACCUGGUGCCGCCUGCGGCGGGGCGGGGCGGGGCGGUGACCAGGACAUCCCGGCUCCUUCUUCCCCGGAGCAGCGGGGGUGGAGAGAGAGCGGCUGGGGGAGGUCCUCUCCGCCCCCGUCGAAGGAGAGGAAAGCAUGUGAAAAUUGUGCCUAUUUCUUCAGGUCUGUGGAUGUGAGUUUUACAUUGGAGCUAGAAGCAGCAUUUUUGACACUCUUUGCAGAGUGGUGUGGUCCUGACAAGCUGCUUCUGGUGUCAGUUACAGACCUUCUACCAUGAGCAAUUCUACUCCAGCUACAGGUAAUGAGAAGAAAAGAAGUAAAGGAAAAAGAUCGCCAUGUUCCCCUUCACGUGUCCUUCAUAUUCGUCAAAUUCCAAAUGGUGUUACCGGAGCAGAAGUUAUUUCAUUAGGUCUCCCUUUUGGCAAAGUAACCAAUCUCUUGAUGCUAAGAGGAAAAGGUCAGGCAUUUUUGGAAAUGGCUUCCCUAGAUGCUGCUGUUUCUAUGGUGAACUACUACACUCCUGUUACACCUCACCUCCACAAUCAGCCAGUUUAUAUUCAGUAUUCCAAUUACAAGGAACUUAGGACUGACAAUCAACAUAAUCAGGCUAGACCCCAACCUGCACCGCAAUGUGUGAAUGCUGUGCAGCACGGAAACCUGGGUAUUACAAGUGCUCUUGCUGCUGAAGGUGGGGUCCUUCCAAGUCAUGGUUCUGUUCUUCGAAUCGUUGUUGAAAAUGUUUUUUAUCCUGUCACUUUAGACAUACUGUAUCAGAUUUUCUCUAAAUUUGGCUUUGUCUUGAAGAUUGUCAUGUUCCAUAAGAACAAUCAACUUCAAUCUCUGCUCCAAUAUGCUGAGGCAAUGAAUGCAUAUUAUGCCAAAAUGUCUCUGGAUGGCCAUUGUAUCUACACUGGAUGCUGCACUCUGCGUAUUGAUUUCUCCAAGUUAACUAACCUAACAGUGAAGUACAACAAUGACAAAAGUAGAGAUUUCACUCGCAUUGACCUUCCUUUUGGUGAUGGCCAACGAACCGUGGAGACAUCCUUACCCUUUGCCACCCAAAAUAUCAUAUUUCCGUCAUAUACAGGGCCUCCUGGGUUUGCCCCAACCUUGGGCUUUCCUCAGGGAGCAGGUCCUUCUGUUCUGCCUGUUCCUGGAGCACUUGGUCCUCUCACGGUCACCACAUCAGCAGCGCCCGGACACAUGACUAUUCCUGAUAUUCCAGGAAACUCCGUUUUACUGGUCAGCAACCUCAACCCUGAAGCCAUCACACCUUAUGGACUUUUCAUCCUAUUUGGUGUGUAUGGUGAUGUGCAUCGUGUGAAAAUCAUGUUUAAGAAAAGAGGAAUUGCUUUGGUUCAGAUGGCAGAUGCAUCCCAAGCUCAAUUAGCUAUCAACUACUUGAAUGGACAGAGGCUUUAUGGAAGGGUCAUGCAUGCUACUCUUUCAAAAUAUCAGACAAUUCAACUUCCUCGUGAGGGACAAGAGGACAAAGGUCUGACAAAGGACUAUAGCAAUAGCCCUUUACAUCGCUUUAAGAAUCCCUGCUCUAAGAAUUUCCAAAAUAUCUUUCCUCCAUCUGCAACCUUGCAUCUGUCCAACAUCCCGCCUUCUGUUACUGUUGAUGAUUUGAAGAACCUUUUUACAAGUAAAGGAUCUACUGUGAAAGGCUUCAAAUUUUUCCAGAAAGAUUGCAAAAUGGCUCUUAUCCAGCUGGGCUCAGUGGAAGAAGCAGUUCAUGCUCUCAUUGAGCUUCACAAUCAUGACUUUGGAGAAAACCAACAUCUCAGAGUUUCCUUCUCAAAAUCUUCAAUCUGAAUUUUCCCUUUAUGGCUGCAUAAUGUUUUAGUAAAAUCUUCAAAUAGAGACUGAGACAGCUCUGACCAACUCUGUCUCUUAAAAGAAAAACCUCAUUCAUACACAAAGAAUUAAGUGAUGAUUUUUUCUGAUUCUAGCUGCAAUUAUGUCAUCCAUAGAAAGAUUCUUCUGUGAAAUCAUUCUAGCAACAAUAUUUAUCAGCAAAUUUCCUACUUAAAAUUAUAUUUUGAGACCAUCCUUUCAGCUUUUGUUUGAAAUCAGCCUUACAAAACAAUUUAGAGUGCUUUUACAAUGUACCAAACAUGUAUGUUUAAUGAAAAGGUAAAUCUACUCUGCAGAUUAAACACUAAUUUGAAAAAGUGCUUGGGUUUCUUGAAGCAAAACAAACAGUAACUGUGAGUAUCCUCUAAAUAGUUUAUGUUUACCAGGGUGUGUCUUCAUACUUUGGUGAAUCUUUACAAAUAACUUGUUUAUAAAAAUAAAAAGUCUGUGCUGUUCUUAUAGAUUAAAUUAUUAGAGAAAAGGCAGUGCCUUCUCUCUGUGAAAUAAAAGUAUUUGACGAAUUUCUUUAAGGUGUGGUAUUGGAGAAUUAGUUUGGCGUGACUGUGGGUUGGAAGUUUGAUGUCUUAUUUCUACUAUGAAGGGAUGUGUAACAGUACCUUGGAGAAAAUAAAACAAGAAAAUGGCCUUGAUUUAAAAUAA